ACAAACUUUAGAGCAAACUGAAUGCGAUUUAAUAAAAAAAAAGGAAAAGGCGAGCGAAGAAGAGGUUUCGUUGAGUGAGUGCAGCUUUACCGCAAUAAAAACAUUUUUUUUUUCUCCAAAAAAUACCAAAAGAAAAAGAAACGAAAAUGUGAACGCAACCUUCAACCGUGGUGCGAACGUCAUCGUUUCACAAAUGUCGGACGAACGCUACCUAUAAUGUACUAUAAUGACAUAUCUGCCAUUCACGCAUUCAAUUGUGAAUAAGUUAAGUUAACUCGACACGCUCGUUAAGCAUUUGAUAGCUUAGUUUGAACGAAAUUUAAUAAACAACUCCAUUCUUUUUCGAAUUCAUAGCCAGUAUAUCUGUAUAUUUCUUUCAAUAAAACAAAAAUGUCACAAGCUCAAGGGAAGUGCUGUUUAUGUUCUUCAAAUGGUUCAGUUCAUCCAAUACCGGACGUGGUUUUUCUAGAGGAUUUAUACGGUAUAAAUCUUCCAGUUGGUUCUGUUUUAUGUUGUGGGUGUGAAACGUUGUUGGUCCGUUUCAGCAACCAUUUCGCUUUCGCGAGACGAAUUCGUGGUCACCAUGCUCAUCUGCUCACUUCGGGUGCAUGCGGUCUCUGUCUAUAUGGUGGGAAUACAGAAAACUUUGUGGAUGCAUACGGCUCUAAUGUGAACUUAUCAACAUUCGUGGAAAUGGUGUAUAAAAUUCCAUCCAAAUCAUUGGUGGUCGCCAAUGUUUGCCAACCAUGUUCAUCCAGCCUAGGGCAAUUUUAUAAUCAUUGGUCUUUGUAUUCCCCGCGCGGUAAUGCUCUGGUUCAACAGUUUGCUCAAGUGUCGAUCACAGAGAAAAUAUUGUAACAGGCGCCUUAGGUGCGUCGGCUGCAUCCAGAAGUGAGCCUUCGCCUGACCUUGAUUCGAGACCAGCUACCAAUGAAAGCUCAACGGUAGAUCCCCGAUCAACUAGUUCAUCAGGUAGCUCCAAUUCUUCGGCCAGUUCUCCGGUCAGUUCUCCGGCCAGUGCACCGGCUACACCAAACCAAUGAUCGACCACCGCAAUCGACACACUAUCGCCACAACUGAUCGUCACAAUCCGAUCCCAGUUAUUCCCACAUUCAUCAAAUAUCAUCGAGUCAAUUAUUUUACUUUUCGUCAUUUCAGCCCAAUCAAAAUGUUAAUCACAAAAUACUCACACAAACUCAAAUAGCAAACAAACUUCAAUUGUAAACUAGAAAAAACAUGUUAGAGGAUAAACUGUUGACAAUAAGAUUGAGUGUAAGAUUAA